ACUUCGUACGGGGAUCGUCGUAAGCUGUCCGCUAUCACCUCCAGCCCGUGCAGAUCCCCGCUACAACGCAGCGUGUGCGGUAGGUCGCAGCUACACUCUAGAUUAGUACCUUCGGUAACAUUCGGACAGCGCCAGUCGCCCAGAUCGCGGGUGCGCGGUUGUAGCGCACCUUCAAAGCGCUUACCAUACGCCGUCUUCCGAUCGUACGUCGGUUUGUUGACAAACUUCCUUGCGGUCCAGGCCGUUCCGAACGCAUCCUGCGCAUUCUGGGCCAUAUCGUCUUUUGUUCGAUUGCUACUUCUAAUGGUGGUGGAGUCAGGUGUAAUGGUGGUGGUAGUAGGAUUACUGUUAAAACUAGAAGAAAGGCGAGGAGUCCCCGACAAUGGUCUUUGGUAGGCGUACGGUGCUGACGCUGCAGGUUGACUAGCGGACGUAAGAUUGUUGCUGGAUGGCGUUCCUCCUCCAGCGAUACCUGCCGUCUCGGCGCCAUAUCCUAUGGCAACCAGCUGUCCAACGACUAGACAUGUGUAGAGUAACUGAAAUCUGCAACGAAACGAUAUAGGGGAUGAACAAAAAACAGACGUUCGUUAGUUUAUGUACAAAAAAUGGAUUCUUAAAAGUAGACAUCAUUCUUCUUAAUGCAGGCACAACACCACCAACAAACGUCAAAUGUCUAGUUCAUUGUCAUAAAUUAACUUUUGCAUCACAGCCACCUUCGAUGUCUUCCCGCCGUUCUCCCCAGUGGGCUGCUUUUUUAUCAACAACCGGUUGUACUACUGAUGCACUUUGAUCUCUCUCAGUCGAUUAGCGCCCUCCACUCCAUUCAAACGUGUUUCAUAACAAACGCCACCUCGAGAGAGCUCUAAUUCCAUCGCUACGAUCACUGGGAUGGCGGGAGGAAUUCUAGCUAAGGCAUUUGCGAGACUUCUGAGGAAGCCACUCGCACGGCGCUGAUCGUUAACGAGGUCAAUCAGUCUCGCUGUGUACUUCGAAGACGGUGAAUCGGCUAACGCGCGUGCAGUUAAAAUACACCGCAACCUAAUCAUGAUGCGUGGAAUACGUCACAACUUCAGAUCAGCGUCUGCUAUCAGUUUUGUGGUGCUAAUUUUGUUUACACUCUACCACACUGGUGAGGGAAAGGUGUACGAAAAGUGUACGCUGGCCAGAACGCUUGAUCGGCAGAAGAUCUCCUCGCGGACGCUGAUAUCCAAUUGGGUCUGUCUGGUGAUGGCCGAGAGUGGUGCUGAUACCAGCAAGGUGACAAAACUCCCAAAUGAUUCCGCCAACUAUGGUAUCUUUCAGAUCAAUAGCAAAACCUGGUGCCGGGAGGGUCGAAAGGGAGGCCACUGCGACAAGAAGUGCGAAGACUUUCUGAACGACGAUCUCACGGACGAUAUCGAGUGUGCGAAGCAGAUCUACAAUGACAGUGGGUUUGCCGCUUGGAAAGGAUGGGUUAACCGCUGCAAGCAAAAGACGCUGCCCGAUCUGUCGUCCUGCUGGAACUAGGAACUUCUAUAACACACACUUUACAUGACAUUAUUGGUAAUAAAACUAUUUGAUUUCAUCCCACCAAAA